AGGGAACGUUUUCUUCUCGACCCCAAUCCCAAUAUCACACCCUCCCGAAUCAUCUCCGAAUCGAAUCACCGAGCAAAAUGGACUACGUCGAGCAGCGCAUGGCGCAGGAAGCAGCCAAAGCGGCUUCAGCAAACGACGCCGUCAGAACCCCUCUCAACGUCCUCCUCCUCGGCGCCCUCCUCUACACGACCUACUCGCUCUACUUCCGACGCUCCUCGCCCGCGACCCUACCCCGCGAACCGCCAGCGACCGUAUUCCGCACCUUCAAUCCGCACACCCUCCUCCCGUACAGCGGCGCCAACGGAGGACCGGUCUACCUCGCCGUGCGGGGUCGGGUGUUCGACGUGUCGGCCGGGCGCAACUUUUACGGGCCCGAGGGCCCCUACGCCAACUUUGCCGGCCGCGACGCCUCGCGCGGCUUGGCGUGCGGGAGCUUCGACGAGUCCAUGCUCACCAAGGACCUGGACGGCCCGCUGGACACGCUGUCUGACCUGGGGCCUGAGGAGAUGGAGGCCCUGCGCGGGUGGGAGGAACGGUUCGAGUCCAAGUAUAUAGUUGUUGGGCGGCUGGUUCCUGUGGGAGAGGAGGGAAAGUAAGAGGAACCAAGUCGAAGAUGGGAUACCAAGGGACGAGACGAGAGGGUGUUCCACUGAAGAGUUGGGUGACUGCUGCAGGCGAUUGGGGCGCUCAGCCCAGACGUACGCCAGGGGUAAAUUAAGCGUCUGGUCAGAAGGAAUGACGUAUGAUGCUAUGAUGCCAAGUUCCGAACAGUUUCCGACAUUAGAGUAAAACAAGCCUUGUUCCAAUUCACUCCCACAAACGUCCACAAUUAACAACGAGAUGUGUAUUCUCCGUAUGCUCUCUUUGUCUCUUUCUUAAGCACUUCAUGGGGCGAAGAAUGCAAUUGAAAUGCAAUUGAAAUAUUAAUUGAUUAUAGGACGGACGACUGGAAGGUCAGCCAGAGCAAGGACAAUCGUGCGUCAGUAUAUGGGCAAGUCAGAUCGUUAAUUUCCUGC